GGCACAAGUUGUGUUUGAGAUGCCAAUGACUGGAAGUCAGAGUGCAGACGUCUAGUUGACAGUGGGACCAGUAAAUCUGCCACUCAGGAAGGGUCUGGACUGGACAAACACUUUUAGGAGUGAUUGACAUGUAGGUGGCAUUUGAAGUCAUGACCCUGGAUAAGAUUUUGGAAGAGUGAGUGUAGACAAAGAGAAAACACACAGAUGAGAAACUGGUGAGACUGGAGGAAACCAGGAGGACAUGGAGCCGUGGAAACCACAUGCUAAGGUAUCCUGCUGUCCAUCGGCCCGCAGCUAGUCUGUCCACCCAACUGCCCAUCAGACCUCCGGGCUACCCUCCCCGACGGAGGACAAUGCUCCGCCCUCUCUGGCCCCGCCCCCAGUCACCGCCUUUUCCGGAAGCUGUUGCAGCGAAUCCUGGCACCCUAGCAACAGCGCCUUUCAGGCUGUCCAGUCCGCGUGCGCAGCUCCUAGGACGAGCCAAUAGCGAGGGGCAUCGGGAGCGAGGUGCAGGGGGCGGGGCUCGGCCUGGCCGCAGCCAUUUUGGUGCGAGAGAAACAAUAGGACGGAAACGCCGAGGAACCCGGCUGAGGAGCAGAGUGUCCUGGCCAGAACAAGCCAAGGAGCCAAGACGAGAGGGACACACAGACAAACAACAGACGGAAGACGUACUGGCCGCUGGACUCCGCUGCCUCCCCCAUCUCCCCGCCAUCUGCGCCCGGAGGAUGAGCCCAGCCUUCAGGGCCAUGGAUGUGGAGCCCCGCGCCAAAGGCGUCCUUCUGGAGCCCUUUGUCCACCAGGUCGGGGGGCACUCGUGCGUGCUCCGCUUCAAUGAGACAACCCUGUGCAAGCCCCUGGUCCCAAGGGAACAUCAGUUCUACGAGACCCUCCCUGCUGAGAUGCGCAAAUUCACUCCCCAGUACAAAGGUGUGGUAUCUGUGCGCUUUGAAGAAGAUGAAGACAGGAACUUGUGUCUAAUAGCAUAUCCAUUGAAAGGGGACCAUGGAAUUGUGGACAUUGUAGAUAAUUCAGACUGUGAACCAAAAAGUAAGCUCCUAAGGUGGACAACAAACAAAAAACAUCAUGUCUUAGAAACAGAAAAGACCCCUAAGGACUGGGUGCGUCAGCACCGUAAAGAGGAGAAAAUGAAGAGCCAUAAGUUAGAAGAAGAAUUUGAGUGGCUAAAGAAAUCUGAAGUCUUGUACUACACUGUAGAGAAGAAGGGGAAUAUAAGUUCCCAACUUAAACACUAUAACCCUUGGAGCAUGAAAUGUCACCAGCAACAGUUACAGAGAAUGAAGGAGAAUGCAAAGCAUCGGAACCAGUACAAAUUUAUCUUACUGGAAAACCUGACUUCCCGCUACGAGGUGCCUUGUGUCCUUGACCUCAAGAUGGGCACACGACAACACGGUGAUGAUGCUUCAGAGGAGAAGGCAGCCAACCAGAUCCGAAAAUGUCAGCAGAGCACAUCUGCAGUCAUUGGUGUGCGUGUGUGUGGCAUGCAGGUGUACCAAGCAGGCAGUGGGCAGCUCAUGUUCAUGAACAAGUACCAUGGACGGAAGCUAUCGGUGCAGGGCUUCAAGGAGGCACUUUUCCAGUUCUUCCACAAUGGGCGGUACCUGCGCCGUGAACUCCUGGGCCCUGUGCUCAAGAAGCUGACUGAGCUCAAGGCAGUGUUGGAGCGACAGGAGUCCUACCGCUUCUACUCAAGCUCCCUGCUGGUCAUCUAUGAUGGCAAGGAGCGGCCCGAAGUGGUCCUGGACUCAGAUGCUGAGGAUUUGGAGGACCUGUCAGAGGAAUCAGCUGAUGAGUCUGCUGGUGCCUAUGCUUACAAACCCAUCGGCGCCAGCUCUGUAGAUGUGCGCAUGAUCGACUUUGCACACACCACCUGCAGGCUGUAUGGCGAGGACACCGUGGUGCAUGAGGGCCAGGAUGCUGGCUAUAUCUUCGGGCUCCAGAGCCUGAUAGACAUUGUCACAGAGAUAAGUGAGGAGAGUGGGGAGUGAGCUUGCUAGCUGCUCCAGUACUUGAGAGACACUCUGUGUCCCAGGCACAGCUGUGCUGCGUCAGGGAGGAGGCCAGUAUGGCCAGGUGGUGGCUCCUGUAGCCUGGAGCUGAUGUGCAGUGGCCUCUGUGAGCCCCAGCCUGAGCCAGUCCCAGCUGUGCUUGGAGUCUUUAUUUAUUUUAACUAUUUCUUCAACAUUCCACAUUUGAUGAUGAUACCUCUUUCUUCCCUGAGUGUAUAUGUUCUAAUACAAAUCUUUUUGUUUAUUGUA